AUGGCCGCCUUGCCCUCGCCGCCCACCAAUGCAGAUGCCGAAGCCCAUGCCAAUGCCAGUGAGAGCAAGGAGAACCCCCAAGGACAGGGACCAGGACUCAAGGCCACUCUCAAGCCCUUCGGCAAGAUCACCGUGCACAAUGUCCUCAGCGAGAGCGGUGCCAAUGCCCUGCAGCAACACAUUGCCAAUCAGAACACGAUCAUCCGCAAGAUCCGUGACUUUGGCAUGCUCGGAGCUGUCCAGAGUGCGGCGGCGGCCCAAGCGCAGGCAGCGUCCUCGGCGAAUGGCAACGGUGGCUGCACUCCCCUGUCCAGGAAGCGCCCCCUUGGGGAGUCCAAGCAGAAUCAGCAGAAUCAGCAAAACCAGCAACAAAAGCCGCUGCCCGCCGCCAAGAGGAGCAAGUCCGCGCUGAAGAAACUGCAGGCCGAGAAGACGCCAAAGACGACGCCCCAAAGGGGCUUGACCAAGGUGCAGCGGCAGGUGGAGCAGCGGCUUGUGCCAGAGCAGGAGCACCAGGGAUCGGGGAUGUUGGUGGCGGCAGUGGGAGGAACGCCCGGCCGGAAGGGCCUGCCCCUGCCGCAGGCCGUGGCGCGAAGGAAUGCCCGGGAGCGAAACCGCGUCAAGCAGGUGAACAACGGAUUCGCCCUGCUCCGCGAGAAGAUACCCGAGGAGGUGUCCGAGGCCUUCGAGGCCCAGGGCGCCGGGCGGGGGGCCAGCAAGAAGCUGUCCAAGGUGGAGACCCUGCGCAUGGCCGUGGAGUAUAUCCGGAGUCUGGAGAAGCUGCUGGGCUUCGAUUUCCCGCCGCUGGGACGCUGCGCCAACAGCUCCGGCUCCGGCGACGACAGCUUCAUGUUCAUCAAGGACGAGUUCGAUGGCUUGGACGAGCACUUUGAUGACUCCCUCAGCAACUACGACAUGGAGGAGCCCCAGCAGCACCAACCGCCGCAGCAGCAGCAGCAGCUCCGACCUGCCGUGGAGACGGAGCCCAGUCCCUGCUCCGGUUCUGGUUCGGGUUCCGGGUCUAGUAUGGAUGUGCUGCCCAGCCUGACCACCCUCAAUGGGAUGCAGUACAUCCGGAUACCGGGCACCAACACCUACCAGCUGCUCACAGCCGAGCUGCUGGGUGAACUGAGCCAGGAAGCAGGAGCCGGAGUGGCGUCGGUGCCCGUCAGCAGUCCCUGCUCCUCGCCACCUGCCGUCGUGGCCGAGGAGCUGCUUUUCAAGCAGGAAUCCCCGCCAGGAAUCCCCGUUGCCUACAGCCAGCAGGGACAGCAACAGCAGCCACAGAUUCUGGGAUCCUCGCCCAUUCUACCCGCUUUCUACGACCAGGAGCCGGUCAGCUUCUACGACAACGUGGUGCUGCCCGGCUUCAAGAAGGAGUUCAGCGACAUCCUGCAGCACCAGGAUCAGGCCGGACCCGGCGCCUCCGGCGGCGGCUGCCUCUCGGAUGAGAGCAUGAUCGAUGCCAUCGAUUGGUGGGAGGCGCACACCCCCAAGUCGGACGGCGGUCCCGUUUCCACUUCCAAUCUCACCAACGGCGACACCUCCGCCGUGCUUCUAUAA